AUGGCAGAGUGCACAGAGCUGGAAUGGGCCGUGCAGGUGCUGGUGAACAACUUUGACAAGUACUCAAGCCGCUGUUGCUGCUGCAAGAACCCACGGCGCAUCAGCAAGAAGGAUUUCCGCAAGAUGCUGAGCCGUGAGCUCAACCACAUGCUGACGGACACCGGGAACCGCAGAGCUGCAGACAAGCUGAUCUGUGACCUGGAUGAGAACAAGGACGGGCGCAUCAGCUUCGAGGAGUACUGGACCUUGAUAGGAGGCAUCGCCAGCCCCAUCGCCACAAUCAUCCGCCAGCAGGAGCAGAGCAUCAAGCUCACCAAGUAG